CUUCCCCCCCCCCCCCCCCCCUCUCCCUUUAAUUUUCUUUUUGGUUGCUUUUGAUAUCAGUUUGGUUGAUACCAAGAUAAUGGAUGUUGGGGUAUUACUUUUUUUUAUACAAGAAAGGAUUAAAUUUGGAGUGAAGUAACUUGCUGAAAUUCAUAUAUACAGAAAGGCCUUGUUUCAGUAUUGAAAGAAUCUCAUUCAUGACUUUGUGAAGGUUUUGGUUUUCCUAAGAAAGAAAGGAUAAGAUUGCAGUUUAAAUGCCAACACAAUUGUUAUUUACAGUGUUCUGUUUUGUUUGGUUUGUUUGAUAUCUUGAAUAAUCUUGCAUCCUUAUGAGCUUUCAAAAUUUGUUAAGUACUAUGAAUUGGAUUUAGAUAGGAUGUGUAGGAUGAAAUUCACUCACCAUUUUCUUAUACCAGCCUGAUUUUUUGUCUUGAGUUUUUCAAUAUAAAAGUCUUUGUGACAAGAUUCAACACUAAAUAUGUAAAUAUAUUUGGAGUGUGUUCCAUAUACAAAUGCAUAUUUGUGUGUAUCUGUAUGUGCUUCCAUAAAUAUACACACAUGUAUGCGUAUUAUAUGUGACAUAUGUAUAUACAUAUAUAUUGUUGGGUCAGAUUGCCAAAUUUGCCAUUAUAUAUUAAGGUCCUGUAAGUGAAGAACUUAUGGUAUAGAGUUGAAUUUGCGCCUCAGUAGUGAGGGCAAGCCAAGGUUUAUGGUGUGUUGUAGGAUGUUGUAAUGUUUUAAUGCUGUGCUAUUGGUGCUACAUUGAUAAGAAGCUCCUUAUUUGGGCAAAAGACUUGAAUGCAUAAGUCAGUUGUAAACAAAAGAGAAAAAUUUUCCCCGAACCAAAAAUGUGUCUAGUCAUGACAGCAUGUAAAGCAAAUGUAGUCAUUUGUCUGCUUAAUGUUCUGAAUUUCUUUGUAACUUCAAUUGGUAGUUCUUUAAUGAUGAUGAUAAUUGAGAUAGGCGUUCCCGACAGGUGGGACUGAACAGUGAUGGUUCGAGGAAUAGCGGGAGAGGAGCUGUCGGCAAGAUGCACCAGUGCCCAUACUGUAAAUAUUCCACCGUUAGGAAAGACCACAUAACAAAGCACAUUCGUACGCACACUGGAGAGAAACCUUUUACAUGUGCAUACUGUAACUACAGUGCUGCAUCAAAAGACAACUUGAAGUUACAUGUUCGCACCCACACUGGUGAGAAGCCAUUUAACUGUCCCUACUGUCCCUUUCGUGCUUCUCGGAAGGAUAGUCUUCAAGUUCACAUUCGUAUUCAUACUGGAGAGAAGCCAUACACUUGUUCUAAAUGUCCAUACCGUUCCUCUCAGAGGAAUGCAUUAGUUUGUCAUAUGCUGAAACAUCAGACAUAGAUUGAUUGCAUGUCUGUCUGUCAUAGUUGGACAUCAGUUGUAUGGAUGGAUUGAGAAUGUGUUGUCAGAACUUGGUUUAGAUUGUAGCAUAGCAAGAUAGUUCAUUGCCAUUAUGUCAUAUGACUCCAAAUAUGGACAUUUUACAUAACUUUUUAAGCGCCAAGAUGGGUUUUGUUUAUAGAUGCCAGAGUUAACAAUAUAUUUUAUUUUGAUUUUAUUUUCAUUCACAUAAAAUGUAGUAAUUAUGUUUGCAAUUGACACAUUGCAAACAUUAGGUUUUACUAAUGAACUGUAGACUUGGUAGACCUAAAACCUUUCAUUGAAGUUAAGAAUGUAGGGCAAGGAACAUGUUAGGGUUAUUCUGCUUUCUUGUAGUUGAUUUGAUGCUGUGGAUAUGGAUAACCAGUCUUUUAGAAUUUUUAAAGUCAUUAUUUCCCUAUUUUACUUAUCAACAGUUUACUUUUUUUAUGUAUGCUAUGAUGUAUUUUGAUGAAAGAAAAAAAGUACUAAGCCUUUUAGCUGUAGGUGUAUUUUAAUGUAAUAAGAGUUAGGCCUCUCUAUUUUUUUAUGUAUUGUCCUCUUUUUAUUUUCAUAACUGUAAUGUAUUUUGAUUUUAGGUAAAGUAUGUAUACUCAAAAUUAAUAUAAUAAUAGUAAAAAAAAAGAAA